ACUCCAUUUUAGAUUCACAAACUGCCUCGGCUCGGUGGGGAGCGGAGGGUUGUUGGCUUUGCCACUGACGGGCCGGCUGACGAGUGUGUGUGUGAGUGUGUGACGACGGAGAGACAAUGGAAGCAUGUCCAAUCUCCACCCCCUUCACCUGCCACGGCCGAGCUACUACUGCCACGCCCACGCACCCACAGCCGCUGCCGCCCCCGCCCCAACAUCUUUCCUUCCCUCGGCAACGCUACUGGAGGCCGAUGAUGCGUGCAAGCAUGGGGGCCGCCAAAACACGCAGAUUAAGUGCUCGAGCAAAUGCCCAAGUGGAAAUGAUGCAGUACCACAGCGGAAGAGACUACUACUUAGACGAGCAAGACGUGGUGACGUUUCUUGAUCCCCCAAAGGAGCUCAUUCCGUUGGAUCCUUCUUCAUAUAACCCCGCCUCCUAUCUUUGGAAAAAGAUUGAAGCCAUCCCAGAGGAAAGGAGACAUCACCUGCUGUCCCUUCUAAGCCCAAGACUUAUAUCAAUGGCCUGGGAGAUAGCUGGGAGAAGAUAUGAAGAUCCCAAGUUGGUGAACAAGAGUGCAUCUAGCCUACUCUCUGGUGGACAUUGUGCGAGGUCUCUGGAGUUUUGGAAUUGCCGGACAAGCGGAGCACCACUUGGAAUUGCCUGGAUCAACUCCUGCCAGAAGGCAAUAUUUAGGGGCACGGAUGGCAAAACCUAUGGGCGACUCAUUGGUGGUCGAUUCCCGCUCUCAGGAAUCCUCAAUGCGACCCCGCCUUUGUACUUCAGCGUGCAGCAGGUGAAGGAAGUUACGGCAACGGAGCAGCCUUGUGAUAUAGCUUAUGAAUUUGGAGAUGGAGUUGUGAACCUUGCAGGAGCAGGAGCAGGAGCAGGAGCAGGAGAAGGAGGGUAUCUCCAAGGAUUAGGAUUCCCAAAGCCAUCAAAGCAUCCGUGGCCAUGGAAUGAUGAAGUGGUGGUGUAUGUGAGGGAAGUGGGGCCAGGAGUGGCGGUGGGGCAGGCGUGGCAGGAGGGAGUGGCGCUGCAACAACUACCCAAGAAGCUGUGCAACGAGAUGUUAAUGGUGACUGAAUCAAAAAGUGAAACAACAGGAUUAGAUUAGUUCCUAUUAAUUUUAUUUUAUGUAAUUUCAAUUUGUAUACGGGCACGGGGUGAUAUAGAUGGAGUGAAUCAAGUUUCAUUCCCGGAUUCAAUAAAAUAAAAGGGAUCUCCACGAUCCGAUCAGGGCCAGGGGAAAGAGGUUAACAUUAGUUUGGGAUUGAAAAGAGGAUAUAUAUGGUGUAUGCUCUUUUAUUACACU